AUGGCAGCGAAAGAGGACCAAGAAUACCUCCUCGGUCAGCACGGACGAGAAGUUGAACGUUUGCAAAAACAGCAUAGAUGGAUCCAGUCCUGCCUGAAAGGAAAGAUUGUCUUCGCGCCUGUUGACCUUGACAAGUCCGGCCUCAGAGUUCUGGACGUGGGGUGUGCUGAUGGAACCCUGCUCCGUGACCUUCAGAAACAGGUCUCGCCCUCUGCACAGCUGGUAGGAUCCGACGUCAUGGGCCCAUUUCUACCUCCAUCGCCGCAAGGCAACAUUCGCUAUAUUCAGGCCGACAUUUGCGAGCCUCCUACGGGUGAUUUAGCUGGGUCAUUUGAUCUCACACAUGUCCGAUAUGUUUUGGCUGGGUGUGCUCGCGUUGGCCUGGACACUGCAGUGGCAAAUCUCGCAGGCGAGGGCGCUCCGCUUCGAGGGCAAACAAGACCGCACCUCUCAAGUUUCCAUUCUAACAUAUUUCUCAUCGUAGCAACACUGGCACCGGGUGGAUGGCUCCAAAUUCAAGAAAUGAACGUGGACCCAAACCGGCCUGAUGCAGGUCCAGCGUGGCAGGAUGUCAAUAGCAUCUUAUCUGGAAUGUUCGCCAAGAUCGGCAUGGGAAAUCAAUUCACUUUACUGAUUGCCGACUCGAUGAAGAAAGCCGGCUUGGCGAACGUAUCAGUCGAGACUAUUGAUCUGCCCAUGGGAAAAUCGAUUGAGGGCGAACAGCAACAGAAAGACUCGAUUGAGCCUUUCAAGAUUACUAUCCCGGUCAUUUCACAAGCUGCAAAGGGACUCGGUGUUGACAUUCCCGAAUCAACUUAUGAUCGUUUGCCGGAAAGAUUUGAGGACGAAGCCAUGAAGCAAGGGGUUGUGUUUCGAUGCUUGGUCAUUGUUGGACAGAAGCCAGUGUAA